UUGUGUCUACCUUAGGUUCAAAAGCAGUAUUUUGGCAUCCCGAGACCUGCAGUUCAACAAUUUGUGAAGACAUGCGUUAUCCGCGCAUGUAAACCGCCACAAAUGUCAGUAGCUACUGUCAAGCCGAUUAUUUCACCAGGUUUCAUGCGAAGAGGCCAGAUAGAUCUUAUUGAUAUGACAGUAGACCCUGAUGGAGACUUCAAAUAUAUCGGUCAUUAUAUUGACCAUUUUACCAAAUUCAAUUUCCUGUGGCCUCAGCAUAGGAAGAAGUCAGUGGAAGUGGCCAGAUGUCUUAUUAAAAAUGUCUUCAGUGUUGUUGGUCUCCCACUUAUAUUACAGCAUGACAAUGGGAAAGAAUUUUGCAAUAAGAUCAUUCGAAAGUUGUUAGAUUAUGGCCAGGAGAUUGCAAAAUUGUGACAGGUCGUCCACGCCAUCCUCAAUCUCAAGGCCUUGUCGAACAGGCCCAUAGAACUGUACAACAUAUGCUUGCUGUCCGUCGUGCAGAGUAUCCAGGAACGGGAUGGACCAAAUAUCUUUCCUUAGUGCAAUAUGCUAUGAACACACAAACCCAUAGUGCAAUCAAUGUGGCGCCUUAUGACGUUGUUUUUGGACAGCCCCCAACAGAUGGUGUGUUUCCUGGUUGCCAUAAAGAUGUUCAACCUGAAGAAGAGGAUUUGCUGAAGGUUCUAAAAGAUAUUCCUACAUUGACUGACGAAUAUGGCAACGAUUCUCCUGAUGAAGGAGAUGGUCAUGUGGAGGAUCACACAGUUUCUACAUACAACCACAAUGACAAAGACAAUGAUGGUAUAGAAACGUUGUUAGAAGAUAUCCCUACAUUGGAUAAACAUGAUGGCAAUGAUUCUUCUGAUAAAGGAGAUGAAGAUGAUGUGGAGAUGGCCAGAGUUUGUAGAGCUGACAUAACUUGUCAAUUUGACAAUGCUACCAUCGCCUCUCCUCCAGACAAUGACAAUGACAAUGAUGACAUAGAGACAGUAGGAGAUACUUCUUCAUUGGCUGAUGAUGAUGGCAUUGAUUUUUCUGAGAAACGCUUUGUGGAGAUGGAUGAGGUUUCUACGUGUACAAAAACAGACAGAACAUAUCAAUUAGGCAAUGGCAAUGAUUAUAUAGAGACUUCAGAAGGAUCAACAGGUGGCUUGUUAGGAACAAGUAGACAACACAAACAAAGAAGAAAGAGAGCGUUAGAUAAUUACAUCAAAUCAGCAGAGAAGCAAAUGUACAAGCAUUCCAAAAGCAAACGGGCGAAACUACAAUCAUAUGCAGUGGGUGACUAUGUCACUGUUAGAAUUCCCCAACAAGACAGGAUGUCAACGGAUCUCCCACGUCUUCUUGCAGUAGUGGUUGAAAUCCGAGGGACAAAGAGAAUCAGCUAUCGUCUCAGGUCAAAGUACGGAGUUUUGGAGAGAUUGUAUGAUGAUAACAAUCUAGAGGUAUUUUUGGCAAGAUUGAGGAUCUCAGUACGUCUAACUGGGAGAAUGACCGAAAGAUAUCUUUAAGGGAAGCGGUGAGAUUGGCUAGACAGAAGCGUGGAGGGUUGCCUGCAAGACGGUGCAAAUGUAGAAAGGGAUGUGUGACAGGAAGACAGUGUUCAUGCCUUCAUAAUGGUACUGUGUGCCACAGCAAGUGCCACCGUGGAGUAAAAUGUAUGAAUCUUGCUAGUUUAAAGCAACCAACAAAGCCAUCAACAAAGCCAUCAAGCCAUCAAACGUCUGUAUGUCUGUCUGUCUGUCUGUCUGUCUGUCUGUAUGUAUGUAUGUAUGUAUGUAUGUAUGUAUGUCUGUUUAUCUGUUUGUCUGUCUGUUUGUCCAUUAGUUUAUCUAGGGUUUGUUUGCUUUUACAAGUUUCUAGCAUAUGUAUACAAGUAGAGUGUAUAUGAGAAUAAAGUAUCUGUCUGUCUGACUGU